UCAGGGAGGAGGAUCAGCUCGCCGGAGGAACCGCCGCUCGCUGUCACUCAUCUGCCGCCCGAGCCAGGGAGAAAACUGGCAGGAGAUCCAGACCUGGAAAAAAGUAGUAGUAGUGGUAGUAGGAGGAGGACGAGGAGGGGGAGGUGGAGGGGGAGGCGGUGAACCACCCACUGAGGAAAAGUUUCCUCAGAAGCUGACUGGGAGCCUCCACGUUAUUUAUGUGACAGAAGCUUUGACUCAGUGGAAAAUGAAGUGAAGGGAGACAGAGGAGACACAAGACAAGACAGAGAGGACAGAAAACACACACUCAGAAGAUAUUAUCUGAUCAAGAGGAGCUGACCCACAGAGGUGCAUCAUGGGAACUCCCUAGGGUCUGCAAAGACCUGGAAAUCUUCGUCCUCCGGUUCCACCUCCAGCACACCCAGCAAUGCCGGCCCCGUCUCCCUGGAGACGGAGCUCUCCCGGCGGGACAGGCGGGCUGCCGCUGCUCCCCGUCCUGCUGGGGUUCAUGGUGAUGAUGACGAUGGUGAUGGUGAUGGAUGCAGCCAAUGUGGACGAUGUGGACAGUGAAGAGAGUCGGGAGAUGAUGGACGAGGACGAAUCCAUCAGCACAGAGAUUCUGGACCCGCCGUCCUCUGACCUUUCCAGAGUGUCUCCUCUCAGCUCCUGGCUCAUCUUCAGGAGAAACUCUAACAAAGGGGACAACCGCCGGAGCAAAGGGACCCGCAGAAGCUCCAAGCACGGUCUGCCGGGCCCUCCAGGCCCUCCUGGCCCCCAGGGGCCCCCGGGGCCCCCUGCCCCCCUCUUGCCCCAACAGCAGGGGCUGAUCCAGGAGCUGCAGCUCAAGCUCAGAGACAUGGCGGGCGGCGUGUGCCUGCAGUGCGACCACCCUCCUCGCGUCUCCACCUCCUUCCUCAGUCGCCUCCUGCAGGCCGUCAGCAUCCCUCGCCGCAGUCUGCUGGAGCUGCAGCCGUUCAGCAAGCCCUCAGACUCUGAGCGGAGCCUCCAGAGGGGUCACAGCUUCAACAGCAGCACGGGCCGAUACACGGCGCCCGUGUCCGGCUUCUACCAGCUCACCGCCAGCCUGCUGAUCGAGUCUGGGGACAGAGUGCAGGUCCGACUCCGAGACAGUGUGAGAGCAGCCAUCUGCAUCGAGUCGCUCUGCCAGAGUAACCUGUCUGUGGAGUCCGUUAUGGGUGUGGCAGCAGCUGGAGGAACAUUCAGCAUCUUACUGACAGGAACACUUUACCUGCAGGUUGGGGAAUAUGUGUCUGUGUUUGUGGAUAAUGCCACCGGCUCCGCCAUCAGCGUCCUUCCAGACUCUCUGUUCUCUGGAAUCCUUCUGGGGAUCUGAUCUCGUCCUGACCUGUCCUGCUGGGAUUCCUUUCCAACACUGAACAGCUGCUCAAAAUCACAAGACGCUUCAAACUGUUGACCGAUGAGGGUCUGAGACCUCAGCAGCCAGGAUCAAUACACACCUGACAGACAUCAUGGACCACAGCCUGGGACUGAAGGAAGUCGGGUCUGAGUGCAUGAGCAGCGCCGUGACCUGUAAAGACAUUCAGUUCACGGCAUGAGUGCUGUUGAAACGUGUCGAGAUGGAAGGACAGAUCCGUUUUAUUGCAUUUAUUUCCUCAGUCUGUCUGCUUUUGCUCUAUUAAAGUCUUCAUUGUCUCAACUGUGUGAAACAUAAUUCCAUAUCUAAGAGAUUUUUUAUUUCAAACUGACACUCAGCGUGAUCAACAUUGUUCUUCAAGUUUGCACAAGGUUGACUUUGUGGUGAAGGUGCAGUGUGUGAGACGUCAGCAGUGUGUACACUGGGGGGCGGUAGUGAGUCUGUCGGCAUUCAGGUGGUUUUGUUUCUUUUUGUUCUUGCUGCUUCUUUUGCUCAUUGACUCAAUUCACCACCUUGUGGCUCAGAGCGGUAUUACAAGUCUGAAGUGACUGGAUCGCUGGAUACCUUGUAUUUAUCAUGAGUGCUGUUUUUGAGUAAAACUAUCGGUACAACAUACUGUACCUUUAACCUCAUGUAUUUGUCAGCAAAUAGCACGAGAGAUAUUCGCUGAGAAUAUUCUGAGCACGUGAUCAUUCUUACAUCGUCGUUCUCAGCUUGGAUUCAACUUGAUGCCGUUCCUACGUCAAUGAGCGCCUCAAAUAUGAAACCUAAAAUAUCCAGAAAGUCCCGCGGCCUUCAUGAAAUGUACAUGCAUGUGUAUUUAAUUUAUCCAAGUAGAUUUUUGCUCCAGUAAUUUCAAAUAUUCCCAUAAUGUUGUAACAAAAACUCUCACCUCCAGGAGAGUAUCUUCUGUUUGAAUCUGGGAUCAGAGGAACUUUCUCUGUCUAGUCUGUGUGUGUUUUUUCUGUGUUUUCUCAUAAUCUAAAGAUAUUUGUGUCA